AGUGCGAGAGAGCCUUGGGCCUUGAUUUCCUUGAUCCUUGACCAGUCUUGACUUUUGACCGUCUUGUCUACGUUUGUGUGGUUUCUGUAUUCUGUGCGUCGUUCGAUGGUCAAGUUGAUUUUGCUCUUCGAAGGCGCUCGCCAUGAAAUUUUUGCCGAUUGACAUGGCUGUGAGGUCACUUCGUACCUGCCACUUUUCUGCUGCAACAUUGGUUUCACGUUUCUCUGCUUCGCUGUGCACCGUCAACAACAUGGAGUGACCACGUCGCAUAUCUGAUAAUGGCUUCGCCUACUGCGUCAAGAAGGCAGUCGUUGUGACAACCCCUUAGUACCGGCUCUUGAGUUGCGGCAGCAUCAAAAUGAGUGCAUCCAUGUUCAUGCCUGAGUGCACGUCAAAGUGUCGAUCCCAAAAGCACGCGGCACUUCUGCUGUCAGCGGUUACUAAGGGGACGGUACCCGAAAUACAGACGUAUUGCAGGUACCUGUGUCACAACUUCUGGACAGUCUCCGAUGCAGGUGGCCGAACUGCCCUGCACUUGGCAGCCACAGUGGGGAAAGUGGACCUAGUGGAAUGGCUUCUGCAUCAGUGCCAUGCUGAAGUUGAUGUCCGUGACAAGGAGUCGGGCUGGACUCCUCUCCACAGAGCAAUCUUCCAUGGGCAGCUCCACUGUGCCAGAAGUUUUCUACGGUGUGGCGCCAGCCUCACCGCAGCAGACCGCGAAGGCCUGACGCCUCUCGACGUGGCUGUGAGAGACAGACUUCCCUACAUUGAAUAUUCCCUGUCGGAUCCUUGCGAAGUAUAUGUCUGGGGCUCAAACGAGAACUUCACUCUGGGUCUCGCCAGCGAGCAAUCUCCGAAACACCCCGAGCUCGUCGAAGCGUUUCGUAGGGACGGGGUUGCCGUAACCAAGGUGGAAAUGCAGAAGUUUCACUCAGUUUUCUUGACAAAUACAGGCGGCGUAUACACUUGCGGUCACGGUCUCGGCGGACGUCUGGGCUUGAACUGUGAAGAGACUGUGUUGACCGUGACGCAAGUUCCUGCCGUCAGAAGCAGCCGGUGUUUGGACGUUGCCACGGGCCAGGAUCAUACGGUCUUCCUCAUGGAAGACGGCAGGAUACUUACCUGCGGCUUGAAUACCUACCAUCAGCUGGGGCACCUUCCGCCUCCAGUUCAGCUUCUCUCUCCGAAACCUAUACUGCUGAAAUUCAUGAAACAGAAGAAGAUAGUCGGAAUAUGUGCCGCGAGGUACCAUAGCGUCGUAUAUACGAAAGACGCCGUCUACACUUUUGGACUCAACGCCGGACAGCUAGGGCACCCGAAGGGGGACAGGCUGCAGACGGCUCCGAGGCAGGUGUCUGCCCUCAGUCACGCUGACGUAGAAUUUACGCACGUCAUCAGCGCAAAUGGAGCCGUAGUCUGCGCAACGAAGAAAGGGGACGUCUACGUCCUCCACGAGUACCAGUGCCGGAAGAUAGCGUCGAGGCAGUUGGAGAUCAAGAAGCUGUGCGUCGUCGGUGGUCAGCUGGAUUACCGUUGCGACGUAGCAGGAAUCAGGGAAGGAGGGGGCCACGAAUUAAAGGUGGUCAUGUUAACGAGGUCGGGAAAAAUCUACCUCUGGCAGGGUUCUAACCCGGUGUUGACACGGUGCCUGUUCAAUACCGUGCAGCAAGUGUCCGUCAAAGACGUAUGUCUUAACGAGCAGAAUAUUGGAAUCGUGUCCAGGUACGGAGAAGGGUUUGUCGGUUUCGUAACCGCAAAGAAAGAGCAGAGAAAGAAGGGCAGCGACAGCUUUAGCAGCAAGACGUGCCUGCCCCCAACGAUCACGUCAAAUCUAGUCACGUUUCUCGACAGGGACGAGUGUGAGUAUGUGAGGCUGAAACGCAUUCAAUACGUGAACAGAGCGAACGCCAUCGCGUGCAGCGGCAGCGGGCAGAGCUUCGCUGUUCUGCAAUCUCACCCAAAAGUUGGGCUUCUCGAAUUUCCGACUGUGGACGCUUCCGCGUAUCAGGCGGACUUUCUUCAAUUGCUGGAGGGUGCCGACGGAUCCGACUGCGUGCACGACAUUGUGCUGAGGGUUAAAAAUACCUCUUAUCCUCUCCAUCGCUACAUACUGAUGUCUCGGAGCGACUUCUUCCAGAAGGUUGCCAGCAAAGUCAGCGAUGGAAGUGCCUUCGUCAUCGACGACGUGUCUCCGAAAGCGGUCGAGGUGGUGCUGUGUUUCAUAUACACAAAUAGCUGCAGUCUACUUGAACAGGGGGGUUACGAAAACGUUGUGCGUUCAUCGAGCCGUUACGGUUGCUCGAGGAAAACUACGGCUGCUUUCGUCAGAGAAGUUCAAGGUGCUGCAAAGAAACUUGGUGUGCACUCUUUGGCGAAGCGCUUAGACAAAGCGAAAGUGUCGGAUAAUCGCGUGCAUUUCGAACACGUUUCCGCAAUUCCGAAACAGUACUUUGAUCGCGGUCGGUUUUCGCAUCUCUACGAUGUGACGUUGGUGUCCAGCGACGGGAUUGAGUUCGGCUGCCAUCGUUGCGUCCUGGUUGCUCGACUGGAGUACUUCGGAAGCAUGCUUUCCCUAGGUUGGGCCGAAGCCUCGCAGCACGCCCUCUCUCUUCCGCUUCCUGGAAAGGUUUUGAGCGUUCUCCUCGACUUCCUCUACACGGAUGACUGUGUACAGUUGAGAGCGUCGGAGGAUAUCGAGUUUCUGUGCCACGUUCUGGUGGCAGCGGACCAGCUCUUGGUCACCAGGCUGAAGCAAAUGUGCGAGGCAACUCUUUCGGACCUCGUAACGCUGAAGAAUGUGGCUGAACUUCUCGAGCUUUCGUACAUUUACAAUGCUGGCCAGUUGAAGGACUUGUGCAUGCACUAUAUGUGCAUCAACAUCCCGGCAAUGUUGGAAAGCUCCGCCUUGGACGCACUCAGUGAUGACGUCAUUCAAGACCUGACGACCUGCUACAAAGAAAUGGUGCCGGCAAUGAAGAGGCGUGUGGUGACGCCUUACCCGGACGACCCUUGUCACCAAGUGAUCGAGCGAGUCUUUCUCGAGUACGGUCAUCUGUUUGACGGAGAAGACUCUUUCCACUUCACAAAACCCAGCGAAUCAAAGUCUAAGGCACGUCGUAGAUGUCAAGUGCGGCGCGAGAGUGAAAAUGUGCUGACCACUCUUGCCACGUCACCUCCGGAACCAAUACCGCAACACUGUUCCAAUAUUGGAACCAAUAGUGCCUCGGCCGAUGUACACGAUGUACGUUCAUCGGAAAAGCCCAUCGUGCCAAAGAAGAAAGUUAUUGACGUACACUCGGUAAGGAUUGAGCCGGUUACGUCUACCCCUGUGCCCUUAAGAUCCAGGACGGCUUCUGUGCCGUCAACGCAGGAAAACGUGUCCGUGGGUUCUCCCGCGUCGGAAACCUGCGUUCCGCUAUUACAAGGAAUGUUUCCUACCCUCGGCGAAGUGGCAGAUGCAACGGGAAAAUCUCUGAAGAGCUUUAGCCCUUCCGAUCCUAAACGAGCUACUAAGAUAUCGCAGAAGCAGAGAAAGCAAAUGUUAGCCAGCAAGUCAACAGACAGUAACUUUCUUCAAGAGCCAUGUUCACCGCCACCCAGUUCAUGUCCGUGGUUCCACAACACUCCUCCGCAAAGUCCGCCAACAUCAUUCUGGGACUCAAAGCCCCAGUCUCCAUCUUCUCCCAUUAAUGGUACCCCAGCUAAGAAAGGCAGCGCUGCCUUUCCCGAUCUCUCGGUUGGGUCUCCGCCGAGUGAUAUGCCCAGCAUGACUGAGAUCCUCAAAGACGAAGAGGCAAAGGUUCAUAAUCUGCGAAAGAUGAAGCCAAAGGCACUGGAUAUUAUUAAUAUAGAGGACAGAGCUAUCGAGGAACUCUCGCAGCUCUACCAGGCAGAGGACAACCCGGAGGAGAGAAUAUCCGUUGUGAGAGUGCUUCCGGAAGCAUUUGCGGCUCCUGUCUGGAGAAGAAAGUACUGACUGGUAGGAGAUCUGUACCAUAGAGUGUGUAUGUGGGCGUGAUUGCAGAGAUUUCUGUGUGAAAUGUUUAUAGUGUACACACAUUCUUGGAAAGCAGAAAAGAAACUAGUACAUCCAGGUCGUGUUUAACUCUGGUGACUGUUUUGGUAUUUUUGAUCAGCGCCUCGCAUGUUACUUGGCUCAAGUAAGGCCUCGUGAUGGUGAAAUGAUUCUAAUAAUGCAUAACAUGGGGUUCCAGAGUGGCUACAAUGGAACCUGGAACAAUUGCCGACAAGUGCCUACGAUGUCUUCAGUGUCUCAAGGCCAAUAAUCCAGUGCUCGCAUGAAGAGCAAAUAUGUCCACGUUGGACAACAGGGUUAUGAGUUACAUUCACUGUUACCUGUACAUGUCCCGACAAAAGUUUACGGAUCACCAUUGAGACGUAUCUCAUGAUCGGGGCGACGCCUUAGCAGCGGAUUGGAGUGGACAGACUUACCGAGACGUGCGUGGUGUACCUAGUCACCCGUAUGUUCCCGUUUGCUGCAAGGGUGUCGCUCUGAUGAGGAUAUACGUCAUUCCGGUGCUCCGUAAACUUUUGUCAGGAUCCAUAUACGGAUCCCAGCUCGUUUACCCAGCUCAUGCCAGGACAACUGUUACCAGAUGCGACUUGUACUGAGGAAAAUUCACACAGAACAUGACACCAAUAGCAUCUGUU